AUGUCUAUCCGUCGGCUCCCUUGCGAUGUAAUUGAGAAGAUCGCAUCAUCAUCAACUAUAGUUUCCUUGAAUGGGGCUGUGAGCGGACUCGUGAGGAAUUCUCUGGACGCUGACGCCCGCAGAGUCAACAUUACCCUCGACUAUGCUCGCGGAAAUUGCAUUGUGGAAGAUGACGGCGAGGGCAUCUCGGCAGAGGAGUUUGGAACACACAGAAACCUAGCAAAACCGAACAGCACGUCACGAUUUCCUCAUUCGUCAAGCUAUCAUGGCCGGCAUGGGAACUUCCUCGCUUCUCUUGCAGCGUUAUCGCUUCUUAUAAUCUCAUCUAAUACUGGAGAAGAAAGCCGGCAUAGCUCGGUAGCCAUUCGCCAUGGGGACGUAAUAUCUCGAGAGACCACUACUCCUGCUCCGCGUUGCGAGUUUAGCACUGGCACGCGAGUUGCUGUCUUUGACCUGUUUGGCUCGAUGCCUGUACGGGUAAAGCAUCGUGUAUCUAUGUUUUCCACAGCUUCAUGCCUCGAAAAGGAAUUCCAGGCCCUGACGUACGAGUUGACUGCUUUACUUUUGGCCUGGCCGACAAGUGUUUCUGUAACUUUGCGCGAAGCAAGACCGGACUACCAGCUGCGGUUGAGAAGCUUUGGCGGGGUAGCCUUAGAUCGACGAACUUUUCGUCUUUUCAUGCAGGCAGGGUUGUCGGGCUCGAACGAAGCAGCUUCAUGGAUACCGGUCGCCGCAUCUGACUGCAACAUUUCUGUCGAAGGAUGUAUCAGCACGAUUCCCGUCGCAACUCGAAAGUCACAAUUCAUCAGUCUCGGAGUACACCCUAUGGAACACUCUUUAGGGAGUAACAUUCUCUUUGAAGAGGUGAAUGACAUAUUCGCAUCUUCGAGCUUCGGUCUUAUCGAGAGCACCGCACGGGGUGAAGCUCCUGCCAACGGUCAGGUUCCUGCACAAUGGAAGCCCAAGAAGGGCUUAGAAAAGUGGCCCAUGUUUUACUUGAAGUUUGAGUGCAACGGGGUGGAAGCAGAAGAUAUCUUCCGGCGACAUAGUCCAACGUUGGCAACUCUUACCAGCCUUUUACGUGCUGUCUGCUACGCCUUUCUGAAAAAACACAACAUGCGCCCACAAAAACAGGCGCGUAAUCGCCAAAGACCCUCACCACUUGAAGCAAAUGGCUGGCCAUCUUUCAUCCAAGCUGAUCAAGCCGGCGCUUCGGCGCAGAGUGCUUCAGGAAAUACCCCGAGUUUGCUCGAUGAUGUGCGUCGAGCCAAGGUCGGCCAUCGUGCGAAUGUCAUCCUACCACGAUAUUACAAUGGACGACGCCUCAUUGGCUCCGGUGGCCAACUUCUACGGAUUCCCUUUGUCGAAAACAGCGACGAGCAGUACGGAGACAAUGACGAUCAUCUUGUACAAACUGAUCCCAUGAAAACAUCUGAAAUAUUAGGGACGCAUCGCGAAGAAGGCACGGAUCAAUGGCUCGAUAAGCUGAUUCAAUUUUGGAAGAACCCUGUGUUUGAGACGGUGGAACCUGCCGUGCAUCGAUUGCCGACCAAUACAGAGUUCGAAUAUUGCAAGGACAACAGCCGACAGUCUGCUUCGACGGCCACCAUCAGCGGUCAGAUAUCGAAACGAUGCUUGACAAAGGCAGAGAUUAUUGCCCAGGUGGAUAGCAAGUUUAUUUUGAUCAAAUUGCCUCUUGCGACCGCUGCCGGCAAUAUCAGAUCGCGUUUCAACCAAAUCCAAUAUGCUUUAUUUGCAGUCGAUCAACACGCAGCGGAUGAACGAUGCAGACUUGAGGAGCUAAUGGCAUGUUAUUUUGAGCCGAUUGAGGGGAAUCCAAGUCCUGUGGCUGAGCCUCUGGAUGUAUCUCUACUUCUCGACAUAUCUCCAAAGGAAGUCCACAUGUUUGCUAGGCGGCAAUCGUUUUGGGGAAGCUGGGGCAUCAGGUAUCAACUGCCGAAUGUUGAACCCGGAAGGCAGGAGGAGGAGCCCCUAGCCAGAAUUAUGAAUUGCUUCAUUCAAGAGCUUGCCGAAGCGCAAUAA